UCCCCCUAGCAACGGGGACGAGGGCCCGGCGGACAUGGACAUGGCGCUGGUGCUGAGGGCGGGCGGCCGCUUGUUGCGGCUCUCUCUGUGCCGCCAGGCGAGCUACACGCAGGGCCAGAGCCCAGAGCCGCGCAUCCGCGAGUACUUCUACUACAUCGACCACCAGGGCCAGCUCUUCCUCGAUGACACUAAGGUGAAAAAUUUCAUCACUUGCUUUAAAGAUAAAAAGUUUCUGGUGUUCUUCUUCAAGCAACUGAGGAAGAAUGGUACUGGACGCUACCAGGAAUUCCCCUACCACUCCCCCUGCGGGCGGGAGCGGAAUUUUGUCCGCUGCGAGGACCUGCCGAUUGUCUUCACGCACCUGGUCCAGGGCGACGGGCCGGAGGGAGAGCUGCUGUCCUACGGCGGAGCGGGGGACGAGCUGUCCGUGGACUUCGAGCCCCAGAGGCUCUUCAUGCCGUUGAACGGUAGGGUGUAUCACCCGGCCCCGGAGAGAACAGGUGGCGUGGGACUGGUCAAGUCCGCCCUGGCCUUUGAGCUUAGCGGCCACUUUGAAUACACCAGCAGUGGACCAGAAACCGGGCCCCCGUCACACUUCAACUGGAAGGGUCAACGACUCAGGCUGUCCAACGAACUCGCUGCACACAUCCAGAAUGAAGAGCCCACUUAGAGACAUCCUCAAUGCUACCCGUGUAGGUUACAAUCGGAUGAACAGAAAUACAUUCUCAUUUCACAGAGUAGUCGUACAGAAUGGAAAACAGGCCCUUUGGUCCAACUCGUCCAACCCAAGUGGCAUUUCAAUUCAGUUUAGUUUCAUUUAGAGAUUUUGUUGUAUGUGCGUAUGUA